AUUGUGUAAAGUGUGGUGGCAUCCCAGUCAUGGAUAUUUAUUUAUCAAUAUUUUACUAAGUGAAGAUAAUUUAAUGAGACUGUCAGGCUUUAGUAUAGUUUUAACCGAUUGGUGGCAUUGAAGCCCUUCAGAGCGACCAGCAUGCCGCGGAUCCCGGUGCCUGUCUCCCAGGAGGACGAUGAGGAGAAAGUGAUGGCAGAUCAUGUGAUGGGUCCUUGCCACACAGACUCCAUCUUCCUUACACAACGGCCUGGCUUCAACACACGCUACGUCACAGAAAACAUCGACGAUAGCGCAAGUAGCGUCAGAGAAAGCCAUGAAAGCAGAGUCAGUGCCUUCCGGCUGGUCGUCCCGUCACUUCCGGGUCACCAGAAUUCAAAGACUAAUGAAAGCGAGGCGAAUUCCCCAGCCUCAGGCUUGUCUUGCACGUCUGCUACAGUCAACGGAAAUUUCAAACCUUUCAGACCGUGGCUAUCGUCUGCGAUUUCCUCUGACUGCAAAGAAGAUAAAUCAGCCAAUGACAAACAGAGUGGUGCCAGGAUGAAGAUGCGAAAGAGGGACCAAGGAGACCUUCUUCCAAAGAGAAGCGACACUGGUUGUUGGGCACCAGGAAACUUCAACCAGGUCUGCUUCUUUCCUCCAAGUCUGUUUUAUCCCUGCCGCUGGUGGCAAGCCGGUGCCGCCACUUUAGACCUGCGCUUCGGCUUCUGCGAUUCAUACGCCGAGACCACCACAAACUCGAAAAGCCUUCAUCCUUGCGACAAGAAAGACCCCAACCUGUGUCAUCCAAGCUCCCAUCAUCCCUCGGCUUCUGACAUCAUGUCCGGUAUCUCACCUGGGCCGUCCUUGUUCGUGACGUCCGCGGGAGGUCCUCAUCCUCAUCAUCAUCCUCUUCCUCCUUCGGCGACGAUGACGGAGGUGCCAUGCAGCUACCGCUGCGCGCAGUGCCCGAAGCUGUUUACGACGCCGCAUGGGCUGGAAGUGCACGUGAGGCGCCUGCACUCCGGCACGCGGCCCUUCGCCUGCGACGUGUGCACGAAGACGUUUGGCCACGCCGUCAGCCGCGACCAGCACCGCGCCGUGCACGAGCACAGCCGCACCUUCGUGUGCGCGCAGUGCGGCAAGAGCUUCAAGCGCUCCUCCACCCUCUCCACCCAUCUUCUCAUCCACUCCGACACCCGUCCAUUCCCCUGCCCCUACUGUGGCAAGCGCUUCCACCAAAAGUCGGACAUGAAGAAACACACCUACAUCCACACAGGAGAGAAACCUCACAAGUGCAAACAGUGUGGAAAAGCCUUCAGUCAGUCGUCGAACCUGAUAACACACAGCCGAAAGCACACGGGGUUCAAACCCUUUGCGUGCGCACAGUGCGGGAGGGCGUUCCAGCGCAAAGUUGACCUACGCCGUCAUUUUGAGACCCAGCACACACUAGGAAUGGAAUCCAACAAAUCUUUUCCCAAUUACCCAUAAGAGCAUUGUGAAUCAGAGCUCGCAGAAGAGUACAUGAGUGCCUGCACGUUCAGGAAAGACAGUGGAGGUGUAGAGGCAGAGUUGCGACUGUAAACAAAACAAACAAGACCUCUGGUCAUUUAGUCUCGCAAUGUGAAGUCAAAGCUCAAAAAUGAUCUAUUAAAACCACUGAUGUCUGUUUAUCGAUCUUCGUUUCUUUCCCUCCACCCUCGCUUUCCUCGUCCUCCUAUUAUUUUGCAUAUUAUUAGUAUCCUUUCAGAUAUUCCUCGUCCUCCUAUUAUUUUGCUUAUUAUUUGUACCCUCUCAGAUAUCCUGCUACAUACAAAGAAUAUUUUUUUUUUAUUUUAUUGACAAUUCUGCUUUAACCGUGUAUGGCCUAAUGGAAAAAUGGCUACAUGUUGAUGACAGCGAAAAUAAAAGAAAGAAGAAAAUCCUGGUCAUAUAAAUUUUUAUUCCUAAGGAGGUAUUAGGCCUUAUCAUCAGGGGAUGUCUUAUUAUUUCAUGUUCAAAAAUCUUCCUUUAUUCAAGUACUAAAUCAAUAUUUUUUUCCUUAUACACGCAUGUCAUCUUCUGGAACAAGUCGUAACUCUCCAAACCCUGAAUUUCUUGCGACUCCAUGUGUACCUAAGCGUAUAGCUCUCCUCCAAAAGU